CCACGGUCGUGUCAUAUACAUAGAAGCUAAGACCGUGACUGAAAGAAACUAUUUAUUACUCUCUAAAAAUGAGCUGACAAUAGUCGAUGACUACUUUCAUAGGUGCAUAAUUAAUAUUUUAUUUAAACCCACACGGAACGCACCAUGGCAUUUGAUCCUACUUGGGUUUAUGCGAUCUCAUUUAUGGAUUUGUUCGCUGUCAGUCUAAGCAUUCCAUUGCUCUCCACACAUUUGAGAUCAUUAGGAGCAUCUCACAUGCUGAUUGGAUUUUCUAGCUCUUUAUAUGCCGGUGCUCAGCUUAUUAGUGGUCCUAUUAUAGGAAGUUGGAGUGAUCGUAAAGGACGACAAAUGGUUCUGUUGACUAGUCUGAUUAUAUGCGUUAUUUCUUAUGUAUUUCUAGGAAUGCUCAAGUCACUUGUGGUUGUAUUAGUUAUCAGACUUAUUCUAGGUAUUUUCAAACACAUUCAAGUUUUGACCCGUACCAUUGUAGCUGAUCAAAUACCAUCUGAGGAACAAAGCAGAGUUUCUGGUCGUUUAACAGCCCUUUCUAGUGCUGGUUUUAUUAUAGGACCUGUCAUUGGUGGGCACCUCGCAGAAUUAGAAAAUGGUUUUACGUAUCUCUGUUACCUCACUGCUUUAUUAUUUGCUCUCAAUAUUGCGAUGACAUAUCUCUUUCUUCCUGAUUGUCCCAAAGCUCAGUUACCAGAUGAAACUGAAACGAUUCGUGAGAAGAAAAAAUGUGCCAGUUUCAAAGAAGAAAUGAUAUGUGCUGUCCGUGAUCUAGCAGACAUUGACUGGGCAAUGUACUGGGAUAUAUUUGCGCUCAAAUUUCUUAUGGGUAUUUCACAGGCAAUAUUUUUUUCUAACUAUUUCCUCAAUGUUCAAGAGACAUACAAUGUUUCACCAAAAUGGACCGGAUACACUAUAUCAUUUCAAGGAAUAGUUGGAGCUUCAGCAGGCUUGUUAGCAGGCUGGGUAGACCAAAAAUUGUAUAAAAACGAUCUCAGUUUUAGACAACGAAAUCUACAUGGUUUCAUUAUCAUGGCUGUGGCUUACACCGGGCUUUUGUUUUCUCCGACUUUAUUUCUAUUCAUGCUUUGGACUAUCCCUCUCAGAGCAAGUUGUGCAAUAUUACGAAUAGUCGGAACAGAUAUGAUACUCAAAAGAGGUUCUGCUACGCAAAGAGGAUCUCUAGUUGGCACUGGCAACAGCAUUUCAAAUAUAGCACGCUUAGUAGCUCCACUGCUUGCAGGGUUCAUGGGAGAUUUGUAUGGUACAAAUACCUCAGCUUUAUUGUCCACAAUAAUAUCUGUUCUUGGUAUCAUUCUAUUACUGACAACCAAGCAGCACACACCACCUGUUCGUACAAAGGCUCACUGAACUUCAUAUGUAUUUUUGUACGAAAAGAAAUUAUUGAAUAAUGUAUAUGCAAUAAGCAAGAUCAGGUUCAUAGAUAGUAGAUUUCAAAACAUUCCAUUGAUAAAAAUAUUGUAAUUAUUGUAAGUAUGGUCAAGGUUUUUAUUAACUGUUGGUUACAUCAAAUAAGUUACCAGAAAUGUGAGUAUUGUACAGAAUAAACAAAUAUAAUAUAUGUACAAAGGCGAA